CACUAAUUUUCAUAUCCCUCUUCCAUAUAUUUCAUUUUGUAUAAACACGUGGAAAUGGCUCCAAGAGCUUUCCUUCUUCUUACUCUAGCUUUUGCUGUUGUCCUUCUCAUUACCUCUAAAAUGGCUGCAGCUACGGAGUUGGCUGAAAACACUGAUAGUGAGUAUAAGGCCGGUGGACAUGGAGAACACAGCAUAAGUCGUGGAAUUCCAGGACAUGACAAAGGUGGUAAGGAUAAAUAUAAUGUUGGACAUAAAGGUUGCAUGUAUGGUUGUUGUACCGGUAAAUCUCACCGUGCUAUAGGAGGUUGCAAGUGUUGCAAGACGUUUGCGGAGGCAACUGCUUACAAACAAACUCAAAACUAAUGGAAACAUCGAGAAAGAACCAUCUUUUCAGUCAUAUACUAAAAAGAUGUUUCACAAUGAAAUUAUGCAUUAUGUAGUGCUUAUAUGUAAAACAAAUAAUUAGCACAACUUCUUUCGAUGGAAGUAUGCACUUAAUAUGUACUGUAAAAUAAGAGAUUUUUGAACUCUUAUGUCCAAAAAUAUAUCGUUUUCAGUGCCUUGUUUUAA